AUGUUCCAAGUCCACGGCAAACAUUUAGCACCCCGUGAGCUCCGUCUUCUAUUUUCUACGGCUGCUGCUGUAUAUGUUAAAAAUGAGGUGCGAAAUUUCGCCAUCCAACCUGACUCUGCCCAGCCAAAUUCCUGGGACCUCGUUGUCUCAAUGCCAUCAAACGCUGGUGUUCCUCCCAAAACGUCUGAUGCCCCUGCCGAAAAGUUUGAAUAUGUUGCCUGCCGAGUAACCUACUCACCUAAAGACAAUAAGAAGCUUCAAGUAACCCUCAUGCCGUGGACACCGCCAGAAAAAGUAGCUCGGCGAGGCAAAGAUGAGAUCAUCCCUCCGAACCAAGAAGGAACCGAAUCAUCUGUGUUGCCAUGCUGGCUAGCUGAUCAAACAGACGUAACCUCAUUACUCGUCGAAUUGGAUGACAAUUUCUCUCUAGCUGAUAAAGUUUUGUCUCAGUCUGUUGACGGACACGAGGUGAGAGCACCAUUCAAAAGAAAGUCUAUUAAUUAA